ACACAGCCCCGGGCCCCACCCAUGAUGCACACACACCCACACCCAACCCACACACACACACACCCACGUUGGAUCCCAUCUCUCUCGUCUUCCUCGAUCCCCUUUCUCCAUCCCACGCCGCCGCCAGAUUCCGGCGAUCCCCGCGGUUCCCCACCACCUAGCUCUCCUCCCCGAGGUCACCUCUCCCCGCUCACCAGCUCCACUGACCGGUUUCUCUCCUCGCCCAGGAGAGCCACGCCCAGGCACUGGUGGUGGUGCACCGCGAGGAGGCCCCAGCGGCGUCGAGCUCCUGUUGCUGCGGGCACAGCGACGUCGGCGUGGUCAGGAUGGUCGCAGCCCUUCAAGAUUCUCAAUGGCUGCGUCCCGGCGCUGAUGGCGGAGUCGACGGCGAGCAUCGGCGGGUACAUGGCGUCGGGGUACCGGAGGGUGGCUGGCGUGCAGCUCUACAUCAACCACCUCAAGCCCGCCCGCCUCGGCGACCGCAUCGAGGCCAAGGCGAACCCCAUCCGGUACCUCGACCCCGACGCGUACUUGGACAAGAGUUACUUGGAAAUAUUGACAUUCUCAAACCAAAUAUGAGGUGCCCUUUAUUCAGUCCAUGGGAGUAUAUGUAAGUUGACUGCUUCAAACCCAAUUCGUGCUUGCUGUUUAGUGAAUAAAUAUGCUGGUAGAAAAUUGCAAACUUCGUAAUAUGAAUAAAUAUUUGAUGGUAAGUUGUGAUGAAGAUUAAAAUUGUAUCGCCCACAAAAAAGAAGAUUAACAUUUUAUUACAUACACUAAUCUAUCUAGCACCAAUGUCACGCAGUCAAUUUCCUUUAUCCUUAGCAUUUUUAUGACAUACAUUCUUCUAUUUAGAAUCUUUGGUUGCAAUCAGUUCUUUUUUCCGCAAAAAAUGAAAUCAGUUUCUUUUACUUUUAGCAUAUGUACUUAACAACUGAGGUGCCAGUGAAAAAGUAAAUUUAUUUUUAUUUAGUAUUUGGUGGAUCCUCUGUUUUUAUAGGUUUCGACAUUGCUGCCUCCAUAUAGCUUUUUGUUGAUAUACGUUGAUGGUUUGAUGUGUCGCUCCUAGUCCGAAUGUUAGUUUUUUUUACUGGACCUUCCUUUUUGAUCGGAUAUUGUUUAUAUACGUGACUGAUUCGUAAUCCAGCUGAACUUUCUUUUCAUGUACAUGAUGGAGUUUGCAUCCAUAUAUUAUUGUACGUGUCGAAUGAUAGACUUGUACAUUUAAUUAUGGUGCAUGUCUUCGAAUAUACUCCUGUUAUGCA